GCGGGCGCGGCGCGGGGCGCGUGGAUGUGGCGCCGGGCCCGGGCGGCGGCGGGCUCCAGCGGCGGGACCCCUUCGCCCCGCCCGCCUUCCCCUUCGCGCCCCCGGGCGAGGCCGCGGCCGUGAUCGGCCGUGAGCCGGCGGCGGGGGGCGGCCGGGGUCGGGGCCGCGGGCGCCGCCGGGGCGCGCGGGGAGGCGGCGGGGGCCGGGGGGGCCCGGGCGCGCGGGAGCGGGAGCGGCCGGGGGAGCCGGAGCGCACCAUGGAGGCGGCGGCAGGCGGCCGCGGCUGCUUCCAGCCGCACCCGGGGCUGCAGAAGACGCUGGAGCAGUUCCACCUGAGCUCCAUGAGCUCGCUGGGCGGCCCGGCCGCCUUCUCGGCGCGCUGGGCGCAGGAGGCCUACAAGAAGGAGAGCGCCAAGGAGGCGGGCGCGGCCGCGGUGCCGGCGCCGGUGCCCGCAGCCACCGAGCCGCCGCCCGUGCUGCACCUGCCCGCCAUCCAGCCGCCGCCGCCCGUGCUGCCCGGGCCCUUCUUCAUGCCGUCCGACCGCUCCACCGAGCGCUGCGAGACCGUACUGGAAGGCGAGACCAUCUCGUGCUUCGUGGUGGGAGGCGAGAAGCGUCUGUGUCUGCCGCAGAUCCUCAACUCGGUGCUGCGCGACUUCUCGCUGCAGCAGAUCAACUCGGUGUGCGAUGAGCUCCACAUCUACUGCUCGCGCUGCACGGCCGACCAGCUGGAGAUCCUCAAAGUCAUGGGCAUCCUGCCCUUCUCGGCGCCCUCGUGCGGGCUCAUCACCAAGACGGACGCCGAGCGCCUGUGCAACGCGCUGCUCUACGGCGGCGCCUACCCGCCGCCCUGCAAGAAGGAGCUGGCCGCCAGCCUGGCGCUGGGCCUGGAGCUCAGCGAGCGCAGCGUCCGCGUGUACCACGAGUGCUUCGGCAAGUGUAAGGGGCUGCUGGUGCCCGAGCUCUACAGCAGCCCGAGCGCCGCCUGCAUCCAGUGCCUGGACUGCCGCCUCAUGUACCCGCCGCACAAGUUCGUGGUGCACUCGCAUAAGGCCCUGGAGAACCGGACCUGCCACUGGGGCUUCGACUCGGCCAACUGGCGGGCCUACAUCCUGCUGAGCCAGGACUACACGGGCAAGGAGGAGCAGGCGCGCCUCGGCCGCUGCUUGGACGACGUGAAGGAGAAGUUCGACUAUGGCAACAAGUACAAGCGGCGGGUGCCUCGGGUCUCCUCUGAGCCUCCGGCCUCCAUAAGACCCAAAACAGAUGACACCUCUUCCCAGUCCCCCGCGCCUUCCGAAAAGGACAAGCCGUCCAGCUGGCUGCGGACCUUGGCCGGCUCUUCCAAUAAGAGCCUGGGCUGUGUUCACCCUCGCCAGCGCCUCUCUGCUUUCCGACCCUGGUCCCCCGCAGUGUCAGCGAGUGAGAAAGAGCUCUCCCCACACCUCCCGGCCCUCAUCCGAGACAGCUUCUACUCCUACAAGAGCUUUGAGACAGCCGUGGCCCCCAACGUGGCCCUCGCACCGCCGGCCCAGCAGAAGGUUGUGAGCAGCCCUCCGUGUGCCGCCGCCGUCUCCCGGGCCCCCGAGCCUCUUGCCACCUGCACCCAGCCUCGGAAGCGGAAGCUGACUGUGGACACCCCAGGAGCCCCAGAGACGCUGGCGCCCGUGGCUGCCCCAGAGGAGGACAAGGACUCGGAGGCCGAGGUGGAAGUUGAAAGCAGGGAGGAAUGUACGUUCACCUCCUCCUUGUCCUCGCUCUCUUCCCCGUCCUUUACCUCAUCCAGCUCCGCCAAGGACCUGGGCUCCCCGGGUGCGCGUGCCCUGCCCUCGGCCGUCCCUGAUGCCGCGGCCCCCGCCGACGCCCACAGUGGGCUGGAGGCGGAGCUGGAGCACCUGCGGCAGGCACUGGAGGGCGGCCUGGACACCAAGGAAGCCAAAGAGAAGUUCCUGCAUGAGGUGGUCAAGAUGCGUGUGAAGCAGGAGGAGAAGCUCAGCGCAGCCCUGCAGGCCAAGCGCAGCCUCCACCAGGAGCUGGAGUUCCUACGCGUGGCCAAGAAGGAGAAGCUGCGGGAGGCCACGGAGGCCAAGCGUAACCUGCGGAAGGAGAUCGAGCGUCUCCGCGCCGAGAACGAGAAGAAGAUGAAAGAGGCCAACGAGUCACGGCUGCGCCUGAAGCGGGAGCUGGAGCAGGCGCGGCAGGCCCGGGUGUGCGACAAGGGCUGCGAGGCGGGCCGCCUGCGCGCCAAGUACUCGGCCCAGAUCGAAGACCUGCAGGUGAAGCUGCAGCACGCGGAGGCGGACCGGGAGCAGCUGCGGGCCGACCUGCUGCGGGAGCGCGAGGCCCGGGAGCACCUGGAGAAGGUGGUGAAGGAGCUGCAGGAGCAGCUGUGGCCGCGGGCCCGCCCCGAGGCUGCGGGCAGCGAGGGCGCUGCGGAGCUGGAGCCCUAGAUUCCGUGCCUGCCGCCGCAGCGCCGCCGACAACGCGGGUGCAGGGGGGCGCGGCUGGGCGGUGCAGCUCUGCCCGGCUCCGCCCCUGCAGCCACACAGCACAACGUCUUACUGUGCCUAUUACCAAGCGAGUGUUUGUAACCAUGUAGUUUUGGAAUCCACUGCAAAAUUUUCUACUGGCCAAGUUCAAGUGAGCAAGCCGUGUCCCCCAACUACAGCUGGAGACCGGGCCAGCUCGGCGGCCUGCUGGUCCUCUGCUUGCUGGAACAUUCUAACAUUUACACUUUUGUUAUAAGCUAUUUAAAACCAGUAAGGAGACUUGAAAUUCAGAAAAUCAACACAUUUUUAAAUGACUAACUUUUAAAAGCCCCAACACAUGACGCCAUCUGAAGACCCGCAACGGAGUGGGGGUGGCGGCCGCCCCACCCUCCCCACCCGGGGAAGCCAUCACAGCUCAUCUGCCCGCGGCUGCGUGAGGACAGCAGGGGUUUUUCUUCAGAGUCUAUUUUUUCAGCGACAAGGACCCAGGUCUUCCUGCUGCUGCCAGGGAGAGCAGGGACAGUGCCGCGUGCGAGAUGAGCUCGAACACUGCCCGCCUUACUGCCGCCCACCCCGCCCGCCACGCCGCCGUCGAUGCCAGCGCUGUCCCCACGGGUACCGGGAAGUGCAGAGCCGCACAGGAGCUGCCCCAGAGCUGAGGGGACGGUCUUCGGCUCCUCUGCACCCCGUGAUUCUGCCCACGCUCCUCCACCACGAGGCACUGACCUGCGUCCGGUGGUGACCGUGGCUGGCGGUCACACCCUCAGCCCCUCCGGGCGCACGUGCCACCUGACCAGGCGACCCUUUUCAGUUCGGCAAACAUCGCUCCCUUCAUUUUGGGACUGAGGCUGCAGCAUUGGAACAAAACAGCAUUAUUUCAAUUUUUCUUUCUUUUUUUUUUGUUCGUUCAUUUAAACGUAUAUUUAGAACUGCACUUUGUCAACAACCUUCCCUUCUCUUUCUAUUCCCCAGUGAACUGAGGUUUUUACCGAUUUAUAGAGCAGUCAAAUCCGAAGUGCUCGAGUGCUUAGAAACCCCCUCUGGUGCUUGGUUGAACAAGGGAAUCACAAGAAAAUGAAAAUGCAAAAACUGAACUUCGGGGGUCGUUCUGUGCCUUCCAGCAUCUUGUACAGCAAAUCCUGACUCGUGUCUUUUUACCCCCAAGAUAUCUGUCUUCAGUAGCGACUGAAUCUGCCACUCUCAGAAUAAGUUCCUUGCAUUUAUUCCAAAUAAUCUCGUUUACUCUCACCUGUUUAUGCAAAUUGUAUAAGGUUUCUUAUGCCCAAGCUUGAAAAAUGAUUUCCCAGUAGACAAGAGGCGGCUACCUAUCCUACAGUUACGGUAUUUAUUUACAUAAGAAGAUCUUACAGGAGUUCUUUGCUUGAAUCCGUUCUAACACCCGCGGCAGCUGCACGCGCUCAUGGAAGGUGGAGGUUACUCGCCCAGGUACAGACGACCUCGGGGCAGUGACGAGCAAAGACCAGAGACUGCUGAGUCCUCGCGUCUGGGUGGCAGAAUUGCCUGCGAGGUUUUGCCCUUGGUUUACUGAGGGGGGUCUUGGUUGCUGCUGAAGCCCCCCACCCCUUCUAAAGUGCAAUGCAAAAGGGACAUCAUGUAUAUGCAGCGUUUGUUUGGAAUUUUCUUUGCUUUUGUUUUCUUUGCGGUUGUUCUGUGUGCAUGGAUUCCACACCUCUGCCGUAGGUAGAUCCGUCAGCGGGCAUUAUUACCGUGUCUUGUAAAGGGUCGGUUUUGUUAUGCAACACGCAGAAUGCUGUUUUUAGCCUUGUUUUACCAGAGUUGUUUUUUUUUUCAGUUAUUUCUUCAAGGGAAACUAAAUGAUUUAGUUGGAGCAAAGCUUUAAGUGUGUUGGCUUCUGUGUGGCUGUCCUGUGUCACCAGGUCAAAGAUCACAGUGAGGUAGAGGCCCUGUGCCAUCCCCGGGGCCGCCAGGCUUGCUCCGUUUGCUUUGAGUUUUUAGACCCCAGAGGGAGAUGAACUUUUCCAAGCUGUGUCUGGGCCAGAGCCUCUCCUUGCCCUUGCUCCCUCCCGACGGUCACCGUUGGGUCCGCGCCUCCACCGCCCCAUCUUGCCCCAAACGGAAAGCGCUGUAUCUGCAGUGGCAGCCCUUCCCCACUUCGGCUGUGGGAGGGUCCAGCCAGUGUCACCUGGGCCCACCCUUUCCUGCAGCUGCCAGGCCCGUGCGGUCAGUGGGACCCGGACAUGGGCAGGCCCUCCCUGCGCCAGCCACUGGAGCUCGGGACCCUCCCAGGCAGUUCCCGCAGCUCUUGCCUUGGCUCACCAGGGUUGUUUCCACUGUCAGGGGCCUGAGGGGGCAGCUGUGGCUGCUCUGGACUGAGGAGUCCCAGGCCCCGAGGGGUGCACGCCUGGCUCCCCUUGGCACAGGUGCAAGUCAGUUUCUUUUCAGCAGAAGGGGGAAGAGGUGUCCGCUGUGUGGGCUGCUGACUCCUCUGUGUGUGAGGCCCUUCAUCUAAGUGAUUGUGUAUUCAGUUUAAUUCUCAUUAUAUUUCUAUACUGAAAGAAGAUUUUUAACGAAGGGAAAAACAACAGCAAUAACAUUCAUAUCUCUGGAGCAGCUAACUCAUACACGUAAUGUCUGCUUUUCGUACAGAACUAGCCAAUGUAAAAACAGUUCACCUGUAAAUACUUUUUCCUUUUUCACCGUUGUAUUAUACAUGUAUAUGCUGGGUCCUUUUUCAGAAACUCUUUUCUUACCUGAGAGUUGUCUUGUUUUCUGGGCUGUUUUUAACUGAGGAAAAAAAAAAAUGCUUUCCUGCCAGGGGGCGGGGGAGACGGAGAAACCCGUGUGCGUUUCCCAUGUGACCCCCUCGUCCCUGUGGGUCCGAGCCCUGGCCCCCCCACCCCUUCCUCCCUGUGGGUCCGAGCCCCGGCCCCCCCACCCCUUCCUCCCUGUGGGUUCGAGCUCCGGCCCCCCCCACCCCGCCCUCAGCCCACCAGGGUCCAGGGAGACAUUUGUUCUCGCUUUAAGUCAGGAGUCACAGAUGACUUUUUUUUUUUCAAUUAAGGAAAAAGCUCCAUCUCUACCUUUAACAUCACCCAGACCCCCUCCCCUCCCCCGUCCGUGCCCCACGCUGCUGCUAACGACAGUAUGAUGCUUACUCUGCUACUCGGAAACUAUUUUUAUGUAAUUAAUGUAUGCUUUCUUGUUUAUAAAUGCCUGAUUUAAAAAGAAAAGAAA